CAUCGGAUCGACAUUAAAUUCAAAGGGUAGGCACCUGAUUUCCAAUUCCAACAUUUAUGCAUUUUCACAUUUUCAAGCUCUACACACGGAUGUCAUACAAAAUGCCUGGAUGUCAUACAAAAUGCCCUGAAUCAGCCCAUCACACAUGUCACUAAAGCCACAGUCGGUCUUCUUACCAUGCUGCUUAUAACCAAAUGACUGUGUUACACUCCGGGACUUACAGCUUUUGGAGAAUCUUAUCACAGGAAAUAAAGUUAACCCCUUUAUGGGGGUGCCAAAAAAUAAUCUCUACUGGAAAAAUGUACAAGAGGCCUAAAAUGCCACAGACGCGUACAUAGGACUUGACUGGAUUAUUUGACCCACCAUUUUGCCUGGGUGGAUUACUGUUCCGCCCAGGCGAAUUAGUAUGUUUCCCGCGCGGAUUACUCAAAUUCGCUUGGACGGAAUAGUACUUCUUACGGGUGGAUAACUAUUCCGCUCAGGACUAAAAAGUACUAUCCAAAAGGGCGAAAUAGUAUUCCGCCCUAUCAAAAUAGUAAUCAGCCCAGGCGGGGGAGUAAUCUGCCCGGGUGAAUUAGUAAGCCAAAAAUAUUUUAGCCAUGUCCUAAAUACACUUCCGUAUACUAUACACAGUUUCUCUGGUCUUUUCGAUCUUUGUAGAUGUGUAGCAACGUUGGGUGCACAUUGAACCUUGUGACAUGGCAUUGUUCCAAAAUAACAACCGCAUGCUUUCCCGGAUGUGAGAAAUCCACCCAUUACUAUGGCGUAACCUUGCUGAAAGAUGGCAUUGUCACCUUCAUCGCGAGCGUACGGAAACAUAAUUGAUUCCGAUCAGGGUCAGAAUGCAAGAUUGAAGUAAUACCAGGGUGGAUCAGUGGCUGUUAUAUUUGUAUAAUUCAUUCUGCUCUGCACCGAUUGAGAUUGUGGAUUUCAAGGCACACAUAAAACAUGGCGGAGGCUGCAACUAAAACUGUACGUGGAAAAAUAAGCCAGGGUUAUCUGGAAUGCCCCAUCUGCUGUUGUCGAUUCAUCAGUCCCAAAAUACUAAACUGCCUGCACAGUUUUUGUCUGAGAUGCCUGGACGAGCUUAUCAACAGUCAGCAAGCGAAGACAGAUGAGAUAACUUGCCCAGUAUGCAGACGAGUAACGACGGUUCCAGACAAUGGGUCACAGGGUCUCACGAACAAUUUUGUCCUGAGCUCCCUCGUGGAUGAAUUCAACAAGCAAGAACUUUUACUAGGAGGCACAUCAGCUGCCAUUCCGAUGUGCGGGGAAUGCGAGGAAGGUCUUGAAGCCAUCGCCCGCUGCAAAGACUGCGACGAAAACUAUUGUGGUGAAUGUCUCGAAGCCCACAAGCGCUCCAAACGCACAAAAAAGCACCGGAUUAUUACGGUGGAUGAUCUGAUGAACAAAAAGGAAAUCAAGUUUAGGGAUACGGAAAGUGAUGUUACUGUACCCAAAUGCGCGAUACAUCGCAAGUACGAGUUAUGUUUUUACUGCAGCUCCUGCGAAAUGGCGAUCUGUGCACGGUGCGCUGCGAUUGAUCACAGAUCAGUCGACCACAACUAUUCUGACAUUGCUGAUGCCGUAAGUUUGUUCCGUGAGGCUGUUGAGAAGGGUCUGACGAAUGUUGAAAAACACAAAGCCGAAUUUAAAGCCACUGAAAAGUCGCUUGAAAACUCUCGCGAUCGGUUAGAUAUCAUAGUGACUCGUGCUUGCCAGGAUGUUUCGUGGAAAGAAAAGAAUGAGGUUGACAAAAUUAGACACAAAUCUCGCCUUCUAAGAGAAAAACUCAUUGAGGUUGCUCAAGACAGAAAUCAACAGUUACAGGAAAAAAUUAGAAGCAACCGAGAGAAAAUUAACACAACCGAACAGGUAAUCGCGUCCACGAACAGCUUAAUGCAACAGGCUGACGACUUCGAGCUGUUAGAGCUUAAGACCAAGGUGAUGCAAAACUUGGAGUACCGAGAGCCCCGGGCUGAAGUUGUAGAGCAAGAUCUCUCGUUCAUCGGAGUAAGAUGUCAUGAUAUCGUAGCGGAUACGGAUCUCGGUGACAUACUUCUUGAAGAAAAAUGGAAACUGAAAAAACAAAUCGAGGGCGGAUUUGCACUGGCAACUGAUGUAGCCUGUACGAGUGAUGAACGAAUCGCAGUUACAGAUUUGGAAAAUAAAUCGGUAACAUUGUUGACCAGCGCAGGACUACAAAUCAGGACCUCGUCAGUUCAAGUUGGAGAAGGACUGCAAAAACCAUUCGGGGUCACGGUAGCUUGUGGUGAUGAUUUGCUUUGGGUGACAGAUACUCAGCAGGUGAAGGUAUUGGACACUAACCUUCGUAUGAUUAAUCAGUUUACCCCACUGCUGGCUCUGGAUGGGCGAUUGGAGAGUAGACUCACUGGCAUUUGUGUUGACAAGAAGAACAGGGUAGCAGUGAUAGACAGGCGGAGAAAGGUCAUAUCUGUGCACACGCUGGAUGGAUCUUCCAUUACUACCAUAUCCAAUAACAUGGUGGAUGCAUUCUUAACGAUUAACAAAGAAAAAAUCAUCUUUGCAAACAACGAAAAGAGUAAAUUGGUGUGCGUAGAUUUCUCCGGUAAUGAAGUAUUUUGUACUGACAUAAAAAGUGAUAGCGGAGGGCAAAUGCACCCCUGCGGUGUCUGUUGUGAUGACGGUGGUGAUAUCUACGUUUCUACCCAAAACAACGACGUUGCAAGCUCAGAGGUGCACCGUUUUGGUCCAGACGGGAUACACAAAGGAUGUGUGGCUCGUGGAUUGGACAACCCUUUCGGCAUGGUGUUUACUUCCAGUGGAGAUCUGGCCGUGGCUGACGUGUCAUCUGUGAAGAUCUUUCAGCGAGUUUGAAUAGGCAGAGUUCGUGGUAACUGAACAUGGACCAUAAACAUCUUCCAAUGAACAUUCUUUAUUAAAAUUGAUAUUCAAACAACGUGAGUAUGUUUACUUUGACCGAGGAAAAUCAUUGAGUCCCUUGCUCAGGGUACAUGAGAACACGGUAAUGUGCUUUGAGUCAUUGGGGACAUUUUGGUCUUAGGUUUGGGGCUACAUCGCGUACUGUAUUCAUGCGAUUGUGCCAAGUUAUAUUUACAAGAUGAUUUAGGGUUAUAUCAAGACGUCUCGCAAGAAAAUGUCCAUCUACAUUGCGAGAGAGACGUUUUAAUUGAUACUUCGCUUGGAAAUGGCGCGCGCGUAUCUACUGCAUUUCUGCUAUCACCGUAUAGUGGAAGUACUCUUGAGGCCGGAAUACCCAGUAGGCCUGCGAAAAAAAUCAAGGGCCCGUGCGAAGAAAAACUUGAGGUCUGUGAAAAUGCUACAGUGUGCCAAAACAAAGUGCUCUCAGUGGUUGUUUUAGGAAAGCUUCAAAACAGUUUACACAGGUAUGUGAGAGCUGGAGCCUACAGAACGCUGAUACCGAGGGCUUACUGGCCCUGAGGACGAGGUUGAACCCGAAUCAACCUGGGAAGCUACGAAUGCUUUGCUCGUGUGCUGUGCAAUCGCCACGGUUUUAUGAAUACUUGAGGCUGAAAUUAAAAAGCGGCUUUUCAAUUAUAUCAUGCCACGUUUAAAUAAAGAUUUUAUAAAGAAAUUAACAGAAAAGGUGGACAACAUGUCCACCUUUAUCAUCCCGGAUAAACUAUUUGAAUUAGAUUAUCUGUUUAUUUUAUAAUUUUUGUAACCCUGUAUAAGUCAUUCUGAGCCUUGGGUCACGUACUGAAAAUAAUAAUAACAAAAUCUGGACAUACGUGCCAUGGUUGGAACUUUAGACUAAACAGAACGUCGUGCUCGUUUAUAGUGCAAUGUAAAAAAUCCUUGCGCCGCGUUCUUAUCCCUCGAUGCAAGAUAAGACUGUCUGACCUUCACUUCCGUUAAUAGUGCACUGAAUAUUGAAUGUAACUCAAAAAACCCGAAGCGUUUAAAAUCAAUUAUGGAGCCGUUGAGUAACGUGAAAUAUACAUAAACGGCAUAAUGACUUCCUUGCCAAAACUGGAGCCGUCUGGGUUCAAAUGCCUCUGCACAUUUGUUGGAAAACCUCAAUGUUUUGCAAGGUUUCAGAAUCAUGACAUCGUCACUCCGACUGCAGGAAGAAUUUGGAAUUUUAUUUUACUGCUCCUGCAGUAAGUCCAAAAAUUACAUUAGUUUUCUCCACAUUGAAGGUCAUAUAUUCUUGACUACAGUAUAUUUCAUUAUUUUCAAUUUUCAUUUCAGCUUUGACAUUUUCCUUUAUUUAUAUCCUCUGAUUCUUCAUUUUUAAAGCUUUCUCGGUUGAUUACAUUUGGGGUCGAUCUUUCUACUGGUAUAUGUAAUGUAUUCAUAUAGAAUACGUACUUAGAAAUGCCCAUGCAAUUGUCUGCCGUUACUUUCAACAUGGAGCUAUUAUACACAGCUAUGAUACAGCUAUUAUAUGCUCUCAACCACAGAAGAGUUUCUCUAAUUAAUUUUGGAGAUUUUAUACUAGGUGAAUGCAACCGAUUUCUUGCCAUUUCAGGGCUUCAAAAAUAUGACUUCACUAUUAUUAGAUUCCUUCAUUAAAUUGUUGUUUUCAGAGGAAAAUUAGGCUAAAUAGCUACGUACAUAAAAGGAAAACAAAGAGUCCUUGAAAAUAAAGCUUUAUCAUAUCGGAAAUAUAGUUUGCAUUUUGGAUCAUUUUGGCAAGAAAAUGAGUUGAUAGAGGUUUAGUUUACGUUUUUCUGUGUGCAUUACGAUUCAGAGAGGAAUCUCUGAAAAAUAUCGCUUUCCAUACUGGCAGGGCUCCCAUGAUUCGCUGUCCCAUGACCAACCUCUUUUAAAUUUGACGUGCGCAUGAAGACACUUUCAGGAUUUGUGGAGCUAUGGUUCGUCAUUGAGCACGAUUGGUGGUAACUACAAUUAACAUCUCACCCUAGCCCUAGCUGUUUUGGGGAAAAAGUACAUUUCGCGAGAACAAUAUGUCCAUUUUUCAUAUAAUGAUGAAAUGACUGCGAGACAUCAACGGGGAAAUCCUGAAGGGUCGCACAGUAAAAUAAAAAGCGUUGCAAUGAUAUCAGCGAGAGUUUUCUUUCUCUGUAAAUAGAGAGGCUUAUUUCGACGUUAUAGAGAAGUGUUUUCCUACUACAUGCCCGUGGUAAGUACGAUAUAAAACUAGGCCCAUAUUAGGCCUAUGGACGUUGAAGCUACUGUGCAUAAAAUGUAAAUCGCAUUCGGGGAAUGUACCAUUUAAUAGGAAUUUGAGUCAUGGGAAUUUGAAAUCCAAACACAGAAAAUAGAAGACUGUAGAAUGUAAAAAGCGUAAUUGUCAUUGGAGUGAAUGAGAAUCGGAGGAGAUUCCAUUGUGGAGAUUGAAAUUCCAAUAGGCCUAUGACUAGUUUAUGAGCCAAAACCGGAUUGGUGUCAAAAAUUAGAAAUUAUGUAAAGUCUUUGUAAAAUGUUUGUUUUCAUGCGCAUAUCGAGCUUUUUGUUCGCCGGUUGCAAAAUAAAAUCUUCGUCAUGUUUUAAAAAUUUCUCCCUCAAUGUUUCGUCCUGUCAUAUUAUUCCAACUCUAAAAAAUUCGCAACUUCAAUAAUCUCCUUGAUUACAGUCUUACUUUACUCAUCUGCAAUUUUCGCCCAAUCACCUAUACCUAGCGUCUGUUCACUGCACAAACNACUUCCAACCAGUCCAGUUUUUUUGC